AUGCUUCGUACUCCACCCAACGUCUCGAAUGUGAAUCCCCACGUGGGGGAAAACGAUACUGCUCAACCGGACGCGAUUCCGGAGAACAAAUCUGUCGCCUCUGGUGCAUCGAGAGAACCUGCGAAGUCAACGAGAACUCGAACAUCGCGAAGCAGCAGGACUGACAGUCAAAUCAAGCUCUUGGACCUGGAAGAGCAGAAUGAGGAGGCUGAACUGCGAGCUUCCAUCGAGCGGGACAGGAUCGUGGCUGAGAAGCAGCUUGCUGAACUGCAGAUUCAACACGACCUGGCACUGAAGACCGAGCAGCGGAAAGCGGAGUUCCUGAAGCGGCAGCGAGAACGCGAUUUGAGGAAGAUCGAGCUGCAAUCUGACUCAAGUCACCGAUCGGGUACAUCGAGCAGAUCGAGUACCUACACCGCCGUCUCGAAGCGCGUUGCAGAUUGGCUUACCGAAUCCGAUAAGGUCAGACCAACCAACGUGCAUGAAUCGUCCCACUAUAUAGAUCGUCCGUUCCUACAAAAUCGCGAUGCAGGGAAUGCGUCGCCCCCCGACGUCUGGAAUGCGCCGCCUCCCGGCACAUGGAAUGCGUCGGCUCCAGGCGUGCAGAGAGCUGUGAACCAGGGUGCAUGGAAUGCACCGGCCCCCGUCGUGCGGAACGCGCCAGCAUACGACGUGCGGAGUGCGUCGGUACAAGAACCCGCUGUAAAUGAGGUUCUUUCGCAAGCUUUCAGAGCACUACAAAGUAGGAACAUGCGAGACUUGCCUCCCUUUUCCGGCGACAUCAUGGAGUGGACCGUUUUUGAAAACGACUUCAGAACAUCCACCGAAGAGUUUCAGCUGUCGGACCGUGACAAUCUUCGACGACUGAACAAAGCGCUGCAGGGAAAAGCGCGAAGAACUGUAGAGUCGCUGCUAUCAUCGCCUGACAACGUGGGGCAGAUUAUGCGAAUGUUGAAGUCGAACUUCGGCCGCACUGAAUGGGUGGUGGCGAACCGACUGGAGGCGCUGAGAAACCUGGAGACCGUAAAAGAGGGAAACAUCGAGUCCUUCCGUGCCUUUUACAAUGCGGUAAUUGGUACCAAGGUGGCGAUGACCAACGCGAGGGCGGAUAACUACCUGAUGAAUCCCGAACUCAUAUCGCACCUGGCUGAAAAACUGCCUGCUUUCAGCAAACAGAUGUGGGUUCGGCAUAAGGCCGCUCUGUUGAAAGAAGGCGCUGUAAUCGAGUUCGACACUUUCUCUCGUUGGUUGGAGGAUGAUAUGGACAACCAGCUCGCGAGUCUCAACCCUGUAUACAGCGUCAAAAAGCCCAGCUACCAGCCGAAGCCGAAGCCAACAGUCCUGAACGUCAACAGUCGCGACGAAGUGGUAGCGAUGAAGUGUCCUCUGUGCUCCGCAAGCUCUCACUCUGGCCUGGAGAAGUGCGAGCAGUUCCGGAAACUGUCGGUUACCCAACGUCGAUCUGCUGCUAACUCCUGCAAGGUCUGCUACAUCUGCCUGAAGUUCGACCAUGCGAGGAGGAACUGCAAGUCCGACAAGAAGUGUUCCAUCUGCAAGAAGAACCACCAUGAACUGGUCCACACCGACGAACCUGCAAGGAACUCGAGGAUCAGCCGUACGGACGCGGCGAGUGGUGACGAUAAUGUCUGCAACUUCAACGGCAAGAACAUGAACACACUGCUCCGAGUUGGAAAGGUUAAGAUUCGUGGUCCACAAGGCGUCGCUGAAGUAUUUGCGCUUUUCGAUGAAGGUUCGUCUCUCUCGAUGAUGGAUGCAGCUGUGGCAGAGAGUCUCGGAUUGCGGGGACCGAUUGCUCCUGUGACCUACCGCUGGACAAAUGGGAUCCUACACAAAGAGGAACAGUCGAUGAUGCUCUCGUUCCGAAUUUCUGGACCUUCCGAUCAAGCGAAGUGGUACGACGUGAACAAUAUCCAGACGGUGACAAACAUCGCCCUGCCGGCGGUGAAGUUUGACAUGGCGAGAGUAAAGCAGCUGUACCCCAUGCUCGAUGAAGAGAAGCUGGCUGCGAUCCAAGAUGCCUGUCCCUGUAUGCUGAUUGGAUCGAACAACGCAGGUCUGAUUGUGCCUCUGAAGACGGUGCAAUGCUCAUUGGAUGGUUUGCAGCUGACUCGAUGCCACCUUGGAUGGACAAUCCAUGGAGUAGUGGACCCAGCCGGCGCCGGAUCGAGCAACCAUCAUGCGUUCCUGUGCUCCGAAGACGACGACAUCGAGCUUACAGAUCUGGUGAAACAGAUGUACAAGGUUGAAGAUUUCGGGAUCUCUGGCCAGUCGGUGAAAAUAGCCGACGAAGAUCAACGAGCACUGGACAUCAUGCACCGUACCAUUACACGGCGUGGUGAUCGUUUCGAGGUUGGCCAGAUAUACAGGUACAACAACUUCGUCUUCCCGGAUAGCAAGCCUCAAGCCCUACGACGUCUCCAGAUCAUGGAAAAGAAGAUGGACUCGAAUCCUGAUUUCGCUGAUCGAUACUGCAAGAAGAUCCAGGACUACGUCGACAAAGGAUACGCCAGGGAAUUGGAACCUGGUGAGCUUGCUGGAACUCCGAACACCUGGUACCUGCCGCAUUUCAGCGUGGCGACUGAUGAGAAGUUCCGCUUGGUGAUGGACGCCAAGGGUCCGGAUUUCUUCCCUCCGCUGAUCGCGGUCCUGAUACGGGCCCGAAUGAAGAAGAUUGCCUUCGUUGCGGACAUACGGGAAAUGUUCCAUCAAGUCCUCAUCCGCAGAGAAGAUCAGGACUCCCAGCGAUUUCUUUGGCGUGGCAUGAAUCGCACGGACCCUCCUAACGAGUACGUUAUGCAGGUGAUGAUAUUCGGCACAGUGUCGUCCCCGUCGAUGGCACAGUUCAUCAAGAACUUCAAUGCGAAGGAGCUAGAAGAAAAGCACCCCGGCGUCGAGCGAGCUGUCGUGAAGCAGCACUAUGUCGACGACUACUUCGACUGCGCGGACACUGAACAAGAAGCCAUCGAACUGGUUCAGCGUGUCAUUAAGGUGCACGAUCAAGGCGGAUUCAAGCUAGUGAAGUUCUCGUCGAACUCCCGUGCCGUAUUGGCAUCCCUCGAUCCGGAAAUCGUCGCGGACAAGGAAAGCGACGUUCGUGUCCUCGGAAUCGAGUGGGACCUGCAGUCCGACGAAUUCGUCUUCCCGCUAGACUUCCCAAAACUGGAUCAUCGAUUCCGGACAGCUGAAGUCGUGCCCACGAAGCGGCAACUGCUGAAAUUCAUGAUGGGUAUCUUCGAUCCACUAUGCUUGCUCAGUCCGAUCACGAUUCAGCUGAAGAUCAUUUUUCAAGAGCUGUGGCGACUGCAGUCGGGAUGGGACGAUGAGAUUCCUGAUGGUCUGGUGCCGAGAUGGAUGGAAUGGCUGAACGAAACUGCAAGACUGGGAGAAAUUCGAAUACCGCGGUACUACCAUCCGGCGGUGCCAUCCUUCAGUGAUGUUGAACUACACGCUUUCUGCGACGCGAAGUCAAGAGUAGCACCCCUGAAGUCGCAGACUGUGCCGCGACUAGAGCUACAAGGAUGCGUCCUGGCAAGCCAGAUGAUAAGCGUUCUUCAAACGGAGAUCAUGAUCGACAUUACCCGGCUGUACUUCUGGACCGAUUCGAAGAUCUGUUUGUGUUGGUUGAAGUCGGAUCAGAAGCUGACGGCCUAUGUCGGCGCUCGCGUAAUGAAGAUUAAGGAGAAUGGUCACGGAGUGCAGUUCUGGCACUGGGUUCCGUCGCAGCUCAACGUGGCGGAUUUGGCAACGAAGUGCUCGAAGAUUGGCAGCAUGCAGGAAUGGCUGCGUGGCCCAGACUUCCUCUACCGGGAUAGCUCUACCUGGCCGGUCGACGAACCGUUGGAAAUGUCCUCCGCAGAGUUCGCGAGCUUCCACUCCGAAAUAGCUGUCAAAGAUGUUGCCGGACCGCUGUGCUGUGCGGCGUUCAAAGAAAAGUUGAUCGAUCUACCCGACAUUUCCAGGUUCUCGGAUUUCAACCGGCUGAUCAGGUCAACUGCGUACUACCUGAAAAUGAGAAAACUGUUAGUUUUGCCAAAACGAGAAAAGCCUGAUCGGUUGACGAUCAAUGUUCGUGACAUGGAUGAAGCAAGAAAAGCGUGGUACAGGAAGGUACAAUCGGAGACCUUCGAAUCCGAGCUGCGUAGCUUGAAGAUGUCAGGUUACGUGAAAAGUAGCAGUCGUCUGAAAACAUACUCCCCGUUUCUCCACGAUGGAAUCAUUCGGAUGCGAGGUCGUGCCCAAGACGACAGCAAGCCGUUCGAAGUGAACAAUCCAGUGAUUCUCCCAGAUGGACACCCGUUCUGUACACUGCUGAUCCGGAUGUACCACAUAGCCAACGCACAUCAAGGUCUGGAAACCGUCAUCAAUAAUGUAAAGGAACGCUACCGUAUUCUGAAGAUCCGCUCGCAGGUAAAGAAGUACACGAUGUCCUGUGUUAAGUGUCGAGAACUGCGAGCCAAGCCAACCGUUCCGCAGAUGGGAAUGCUGCCGCCGGAGCGGACAACCCCUUUCGUGUAUCCCUUCACCUGUACUGGCAUCGACUACUUCGGGCCGCUGUUUGUGAAGAUCGGCCGGCGCAUUGAGAAAAGAUGGGUUGUCUUGUUCACCUGUAUGACGUCGAGAGCAGUACAUCUGGAGGUAGUGCCAUCGCUCGAUACAAACAGCUGCAUAAUGGCAUUACGCUGUUUCAUGGCUAUCCGUGGACUGCCGCAGUGCAUCAUGACUGACAACGGGACGAACUUUACCGGUGCCGAUCAAGAACUGAAAUCACUCGUGAAGUCACUGGACCAGCCGCAGAUCGAGGAGACGCUGAGCGUAAAAGGUGUGCAGUGGAAGUUUAUACCACCUGGUGCUCCACACUUCGGGGGAUGCUGGGAGCGAUUAGUCCGCUCCGUCAAAACUGCACUUGGUGCAAUGCUGCGCGACCGACACGCUACGGACUUGGUGCUCCGAACGGCGUUGUAUUUGGUGUUGUUAACGCUGACGGUCGGUCGCUCGAUCGAUGAUGUUCAGUAA